AUGUUAAAUCAUUUAUUUUUAUCCUUUUUAUUUGUUUUGAUCCUUAUAAAACUAUCAUAUAAUAAUGUUGAUAAUUAUUUUAAGGCUAUUUAUAAAUCAAAAGGUAUAAAAAGUAUUAGCCUUUUACAUGAUAUAAAAUAUAAUAUAAUUAAAAGAAAAGUAAAAGGAGAUAAAUGUUUUAAAUGGACUUUUCCAAUAAAUUAUUAUAUAGGUUCAAAUGUACAUGCAAAAACAGUUAUCCAAGCAUUACAAGAACUUGAAAAACAAACAUGUAUUAGAUUUAAAUUACAUACAGGCACUACUAUUCCACAAACAGGAAUAAGAUUUGAUGAUGGUGAAGAAUGUUCUAGUUUAGUUGGAAAGUGGUCAUUAAAUAAUUGGCAAACUAUAACGGUUUCUGGUCAUUGUACUACAAUUGGUUCUAUUCAACAUGAAGUAUUACAUGCUUUAGGAAUUGACCAUGAACAUAAUAGAAUUGAUAGAGAUAAUUAUUUAAAUAUUUAUUUUAAUAAUAUUGAUAAAGAAGAUCUUGAAGAUUUUGAUUUAGUUAAAUGUAUAGAUUCAGAAACAUAUGGUAUUCCAUAUGAUUAUGGAUCUAUUAUGCAUUAUGAUAGAUACGCCUACAGUGCAAAUGAUAAAAUAACAAUGUCACCAAAACAUCAUUUAUAUGCUAAAACUAUAGGUCAUGAACAAAAACUUUCAUUUCUUGAUAUUCAAACAUUAAACAUUCAUUAUUGUUCAAAUACAUGUCUAGUUAAGAUUCAAUGUUAUAAUGGUGGAUAUCAAGAUCCAAAUAGAUGUUAUGCAUGUAAAUGUGUUGAAGGUUACAUUGGUCAAUUAUGUAAAAUAUUAUCAAAAUCAAUAUUAUUAUGUGGAAUAAAUCGACUAGAUGCAAAAUAUUAUCAAAAAAUAUUUCAACAAAAUGGUAAAAAAAAUUGUAUAUAUAAUAUAUUUGCUCCAAUAAAUACAUUAAUUCAUAUAAGAAUUAUUAAAUUAGAAUUAUUUCCAGCUAGAGAAGAAGUUUGUUUACCUACCACUUCUUUAGAAAUUAAAUAUUGGAAAGAUAAAAGGAUAACUGGUGCUCGAUUUUGCGGAUUAACUAGAAAUAUACAAAUUUUAUCACAAAAUAAUCAUGUUAUUCUACAUUUUAGAAGUUUGUUACAAUCGAAUUAUUUUACAAUAAUAUAUAAAAUUGUUAAAAAACGUAGACGUAGUUGGGUAUUUUGA